UAACCUAAUUUUCUUGAUUUCUUGUUUUGACCAAAAAAAAAUAUUAUUGAGGUUUGGAAAUUUUAACUCUUAUUUAGUGAAUUGAUGUUUGCUGUAGAAUCGAUGUUAAGUACUAUUUAGGCAGUUUCUCAAUUUGCUCCCUUGAAAAUCAAGGAUUGAGCCACAUUUUUUGAAACAUUGGUUGAAAUCCAUCCGCAACUCUGAGCACCCCAACCAAAAUGGGUUCGACGGAGCCCGUAGGUCUGAACAAGACCUGGGAAUUGUCGCUGUACGAGCUUCACCGUACUCCACAAGAAGCAAUUACUGAUAAUACAGAAAUUGCAGUGUCUCCAAGGAGCCUCCACAGUGAGUUAAUGUGUCCAAUCUGCUUGGAGCUCCUCAAUAAGACAAUGACCACCAAAGAAUGUCUUCACCGAUUCUGCUCGGACUGUAUUAUCACAGCAUUGAGGUCCGGUAACAAGGAAUGUCCCACCUGCCGCAAGAAGCUUGUAUCCAAACGCUCCCUUCGACCAGACCCCAAUUUUGACCUCCUCAUCUCAAAGAUCUACCCAAGCCGUGACGAAUACGAGGCGCAUCAAGUCCGCGUGUUGGAGAAACUGAACAAGUCACACAGUCAAGCAGCGCUUGUUAGUUCCAUUACUGAGGGCAUCAAGUUGCAAGCGCAAAACCGUCUGCCUAGAUCCAAGAAGUCCGCUACCGAUGAGCUGAAUGCAUCAACUAACAGUGAAGCCAGCGCUGUUCCAGCAUCUGCCUCCGUUUCUGCUCAGGGCGAGACGUCAAACGACUCAGUCACACCGCUCAAUCAACCCCAUACUUCUGCCUCGUCUGGUUCGGCCCCUUCUUCCAUGUCGAGCAACUCCAUUUCUUCUGCAUCCGCUUCUGCCUCAGCUUCGGCCUCCGCCUCCGCCUCCGCCUCGCAGCUGCCCAAAGAUCAAGUGGGGAAACCAGCCAAAAAAGCCAAAUCAAUCGCCAACUCAGAGGCAGAGUCAGUUGAGUCUAGCCUGGAUACAUCAAGUCAAGACUCAAGUGAAGGAUCUGAUGAGCCUCUCAACAUGAACGAAAUCGAGCUGGUCUUCAAACCGCACCCAGCUGAGAUGGUUGGGGAUGAGCGGUACCUAAAAACAACUUCAAAUGCGACAGUGGACCAUCUGAGCAAGUACCUGGCAAUGCGUUUGACACUAGACUUGGGCUCUGAGCUGCCUAACCGAACGCUAAACUUUUGCAUCUACAUAUCCCCGCAGCAGAACCAACUCGUCGUCCUUGAUGGGAAACAAACCCUGCGCCAAGUCAAAGAGAAGUACUGGAAAGCAAAUAAACCACUGGAAAUGUUUUACUCUUGGAAAAAAACGUAAUUUGUCCAACUCUUCUGGUGUUCCAAUGGAUAUGUCUUCUUGGUCCUCGGCAUUUAUCAAUCUUCUAUGUAUUCAGAACUAUCGAGGAAUUGUAUGUGAUAAUUUCAGUCCUGUCUUCGGAUCAAUAUGAAACAAAGCAACCAAAGUUUUGUGAUUUUGACCCCCUUUAAAAUGUGUAGCUUCUUCGAUAAUCAGUUUUUAUUUACACUUGCUAUUCUUAAUAGCAUAUAUCAAUAGAUUUUUGUCCCGUAGACAAAAUAUUUUCAUUUUUAAGUGACUCUAGAAUAUGUCACAAGAGGAUUUUAGUUAUGAAAACCCUCCUGUUCUCACAUGCUUGCUUUCAGAAAAAAAUGUAAUUAGAGCUUAUUUCACUGUGAAAAUGUUUCAAUCACAUUUAUUAAUUUAAUUCGUAGUAUUUCUACGAAAAUCUGUGAGUAACUAUGGAUCAAAGCAAGCUAAGAGUAGAAGCGGAAAAUUUCUUAUCCUCCGGUUUCCUAAUGCUGUUUUCUAUUUUAAUUUUGCGACCAGCCAGUAUAAAACUUUUUUGUAUUAUCAUUUGUUUCCUUUCUAAUGACGUUUUAAUUUUUAAUGUUUUCGUUGACGAGUUUUUAUGGAAGUGCCACGCUGGAACCACUGUCUUAGCUAUGUUGCUGAAACAUCUAUAAGCAUUUUAUCAAUGAUGGAAUGAUUGCAGAAAUCAUUUAGUUUUAAUUAUCAUUUAUAAAAUAGUCUCAGAAUUGAGUAUUUUAAUUUAGCUAGAUUUUAAAUGAGGCUAAACUGCCUACUAAGGAUCAUUGAAGCUUUAUGAGGUCUCUUAAAUGUAAGAAAUGGGAGGAAAAAGCCUGGGAAUGAGGUAACUUUGGUGGCGGAUCAGCCUCUCUAGUCAAGGAUGCUACAAGAAUAGGAAAUAUUCUUCUUUCUCUUGUUUUUAUUUUUUAGGGAUUUGGUUUUCUUUUUUUAAUUUAAUACUAAUGUACAUAGUUCCUCCUAUCUACUCAGUGUACAUAGUCCAGAAAUUUUGUCCAAAGACCCGAUAUUUUUGUCUCCGAGCAACAUGAAGUAAAUGGGAUCAUUUUACGCGCAAAUAACUGUCUCAUCAUUUGCCACUUUUUAUCAGAGAACAAUAAUAACUGUGUAGUUUAUAUUACUAUUUUUAAUAGAUCACGUCUCUUUUUUGAAAACACUAGCGAGUUUUACACAUGUUGCAUUGGAGUAGUACCGAAAUUCAGCUGCAAUGCCCAAAGUCUCCCCUGCACAAUCUUAGUAAGCACUCUCUAUCUCUCGCUCUCUCUACAGUGACACCUGUUAUGACAACACUUUCUCUAUAACAAACAAAUCAUUGGGUCUGCGUGUCUACGUAUUUUUGUUGAUAGCCAAUUGUUGUGACAAAAAACCUUUCGGUCCUUUUCUUUAUAAAGUUUAUCGUAAAUUAAUUAAGUGUUCCCACGUCCUCUGAAUCCUUGGCAGUUAAAUUUUAGGUUUUUUGCAAAAUUUAUUCCUUUUCUUUGUCAUAUUAAUUACUGUAAUGAGCUAGCUCACCUGAAAAUGUAAGCUACGUAUAUCACCUAGAAAUGCGUAAUUAAAAAUUAUUGUUUCCAAUGUAUGUUUUAAAAUUUACUUUUUUACAUUGUACAAGUUAGCAAAAUUUGUAUUUAUAUAUACCUACCCAGUACACUGUUCUAAACAAAAACCAAUUUUCAAUUGAAGUCAUCAUCAGAAACAUGUUGAAAGUUUAGGAUACUGAAUAAAAGGUCAAUCCCUAACAAUUAUUUUUAUUUAUUUAUUUUUUCUUCUCAGUCUGCAAACAUAGGUAGGUAUUACUUAUGUUUUUUUCAACAUGAACAUAAUAGCUGAAUACUGAAUUUUAAGGUACAAGUGAAAAAUCAUCCGGCCAUUUUUCUGUCAUCGCUACAUCUCACUUUUUUGUAUACCAUCACUGUCAUACUUGGCGUCAAAUAAUGCUACAAUUUUGAAUUAAUUUGUAUCGCACUCGCUUUAUUUUAGUUUCAUUGAUUCUCCUCCUGUUUGACCCAAAAAUGUGGUAGCAUAAUAUCACAUCAUCGAAAAUGAAGAUGAUGAUUCGAUUUCCUCUCACAUUUUAUUUUUAUACUGUUCAUUUCACAUUAUUGCUGCUAAAUACACACUGUCGCUUCUUUCUCUGAAAA